GCGGCGGCGGCGGUGGCGGCGGGUGUGCGACGCGCGGACUGUUGUGCUUCAGUUCUCCUCUUUCCCCUCUUUGGCGGGUGGAGGAGGCCAAAGCGGUACUGGGCGCGCUCACCCCUUCCUCUCUCUCCGGCGACCUCCCCCGGCCCUCUCGCGCUGCGCGGUCUCUCCGACGCAAGACUGUCCCAGCCCGGAUAUGGCUCGUGGGCAGCAGAAGAUUCAGUCUCAGCAGAAAAAUGCCAAAAAGCAAGCUGGACAAAAGAAGAAACAAGGACAUGACCAAAAGGCUGCUGCCAAAGCUGCUUUAAUAUAUACCUGCACUGUCUGUAGGACACAAAUGCCAGACCCUAAGACCUUCAAGCAGCACUUUGAGAGCAAACAUCCUAAGACCCCACUUCCUCCAGAAUUGGCUGAUGUUCAAGCAUAAUGUCGUUUACAGGUGAAUUCAUGACACCUUUGACUCUUCUACUGUCUCAGACCUUAGGUAACAAACCUGCAGCUGCUUUUCUAACAAACUGUUGAUCAGCAAAAAUAAAGGGGCUACAGAAACACUCAUUUUUAUGCUGUUCCCUUUUGGGCUUCAUGCAAAGACAAUUCUGUGUAAAUGUACAGUUGACUCUGAUUUGGAAAUUUGAAAAUCAGUCCAUCCUUGUUAUAAAAAUUUUUUUACAAUUGUAAUUAUAUUGAUGUUCAUAUUGUGUAAAAUAACUCAUUUAAUAAAGUAGUACUUUGAUUUUACAACAUCACAGGAUAAAUGGUUCUAGAAAUUUUGUUCUAAGUUUCCACAUUAUUUGCCUUAUAAAGUCUAAUGAAUUCAUCAGCUAGAAUUGCAAGUGCAAUUCUUAUUCCCCUUCCUCAGCUCAAUGGCAGUUUCGUUAGUUAAACUAGAGCAGACUCAUUCAUUAAAUUUGUGUACGAGAUUUUAUUGGCAGCUGAUGAUCUAGGUGAAGAAUGACUUGCCUGCUGCCUUCGUGUAUUGCAUUUAUAUGUCAUUUCCAGACCCUUUGAUCAUUUCCUGUAUUUUGAGGUUGGAUCUUUCUACUUGCUAUGUGGCCUGGCUGUAGCUGCCAGUCAUGUGUAUCCUGCAGAUAACUGAUAAAUUCCUGAAGCAUUGGAUUGUCAGUGAGCCACUCGGAAAGAUUAGUUCUGAAGUACAUACUCUAAUGAAAUUAAUCAGUAAGCUUAUUGUUUAAUACAAAAUGUGGAUGGAACAAACAGUGUGAACUGGUAAAGAGCUAUCUUUUUAGAAAUUAUGCUAGGCUCUUUGGAAAUUAUUCAAGUUCUUUAAUUUGAAAUUACAGUUCAUAAUUUGAAAGUUAUUAGUGAUGUGGCCAAUUUUAUGAAUGGAUUUUGCAUUGACAGGAAAAUUGGAAUAAUUUGUGGCUGGGUUAAUUCCCAGAAUCCUCUUCCUCUCUUUUUUAAGUGAGUUAGGAGUUUGCUUUGUGUUGAUUUCUAAAAUCAAAGACUGUGUACAGUGUGACUUCAGUAUGAACUAGAAAGUAUUAAAAUAGGCCAAUAUUCUCAUUUUAUUGGAUAGAAGUGUGGGGACGUGAGUUGGUUCAGAUGGAUGAGGUAAACCCUACCAAGUUAAGGAAGACUAAGUUUAGGGUUCUUCUAAUUUACUUUUGUCUAGUAUUGUACGAGUGGAACUACUGUAACAGGUUUUUUUCUAACUCACUUUAAAUUUUAAAGCGAGCAUAGUAGGAUGAACACUCAAAUAUUUACUGGUGAUUGCUUAGAGCCGAAAACCUAAUCCUGUGGAUUACAAAAUGCAUUCCCUCUUUCUGCUGUAACUCAUCACUGCAUUUGUUUUACAGCUAUGCGUAUUUUCUGCCCACCUUGUUUGUCUUCACUCUUAAGUUUAAAAUAAGAUAGUUCGAAGAAAAAGUUCCAGGAGUGAUAGUUUCUUAGCAUUAGCAACUCCUAUUCUUAUACUCUGAAGUACAGUCCUUUUGUUUGAUGUAUUUAAUUUUCUAAGUCUCAGAUUUCAUAUUUGUUGUUUCCUAAUACGUUGGUUACCAGAACGUUAGAACUUGGCCUAAUUUCGUAUGGUGGGUAUUAUAGAAGUUCUGGUUUAAUUGCAAUUUAAAAGUCUUUUAAAGUGCUUUGAACAUAUGUAUGUUUAUGUUUAGUAACAAAUCAUUUAAAAACCAUUCACAAAUUUUUGUUUAGUUUUUUUUCACUUGUUUUACUGACUGUAAAUCAGAAUAAAAGUUUUUUUGUUCUUGUAUUUAAUCAUUUUUUAUAAGCAGCUGAAGACACCAUGUUUAACUGUGUAUCUCAGUGAUAGGGAAAUAGCUGCAUUUAUCACACAUAAAACAUUAAUUCUCAUACUUCAUAUGGGGCUUAUUACUGUCAUCCCCUUUUAUUGUGGUUGAGUUAAAUCUGCUAUAAGGGGAAAAAUAAUUCUUAAGCAUGCUUAUUAUUUAGUUUGAAGAUUCUUUAACAGAUCACAACAAAGUUCGUUUGUAAAACUGUUAUGGUGUCUUCAAAGACUUGAUAAAAUACAGUGAGGAUUGGUCCGUUCGUAUUCUGUAUUUCCUUUAGCUGCCAAAAGGAGUGGGAUUAAGAUUAAGUUUGUUUCCAUUCUCUUCAUAUGGAUCUACAUCCCCAUGUUUAACUGACACACUGGGGGCUCAGUUGUGUGCUGUAAUGUCUUAUUAAAGAAGAUAAUAAAGAAAACUAAACUAGUCCAAUUUCUUCUGCAUUUAAAGAGGUUUAUUACAUUGCCUCUUCCCUUUUUAUUUUAUUUUUUCUUCUGAAUUUAGAGUUGUCUCUUGAGCGUAGCUCAGUUCAAAGUGGGGCAAGAGAUUUCUUUCAUUUCUCAUUGUUUUCCCUACAGAGGCUUUGUCUAUUUUGGAUGUGUGGAAUACAUCUUAAUUCUGAAACCUUGCUAUGUAGAAUAAGUUUGAGAAGUUAGAAUGGGGAAGUAAUCAGCUAUUAAGGUAAAAAUAAUACUAAAACUAAAAAUACUUGGGUCAGUUGAAUUGUAUGGGUAAAUCCAUGAUGACAUUGACUAAGAUUUGAGAAAACAUUUUUGGUCUUAUAUUAAGGAUACUGUAUAGUUAAUUAAUCACAUCAUGGUUCAAAUCUGAGAUGCAGCAUAAAUAAGGUCGAUUUUACCACCAUUACUAUUUUACCAAAAAAAAAAGGUACUUUUUUUUUUUCCAUUUUUAUUCAUAUGGGGAAUAUACUGUACCUAUUUUAAAAUGUGAUGAAUGUAGGGGGUAAUUUUUU